AUGACACACCAUUCAAAGAAGAAACGAACAGAAGACGGCCAGCCACAGUCCCCAGACAUCGGCCAGAAGCCAAUACAGCUUCAGCGGAGGCGAGUGUGGCGGGCUUGCGAGAGUUGCAGACGCAAGAAAAUUAAAUGUGAUGGCUGCGAGCCUACGUGCUCCCAAUGUGCCUCCACGGGCUCGCAGUGCACUUGGUUGCAGACGAAAGACAGAGCAGCACUAAGCCGCCACUAUGUACAAGAGCUCGAAGCUCGCCUACUUCACAUGGAGUCGCUCUUCACCCAAAUUGCGCCUGUGCUUGAGCAGAUUGGACCAAUGGCCAAUGGCUCGAAUAGCACGGAUGCGGCGGCCGGCAGUUCCACAGGUCCUGGGACGGCUUCGAAAGACAACGCAAAUCCCAAGGCUCUCGCCGUCAAUCUACGUAAUCUCAUAAAUAACAAGGAACACAAGCGAUCUGGUUCCUCUGAGCCAGGAACCCCUGUGAAGGCCGAAGACGAAGUUAGCGAAUCGUUCGGACAGCUUGCGCUUGAUGAGCAUGGCCACUUUCGUUGGAUUGGGGGAUCAUCGACGAUGUCGCUCAUACAAUCCUUCCGUGCGCUUACUUCGUCCCCCCUUCAUCGGGUUUCACCAAUGGAGGAAGAUCCCCGUGCACCCGGUCCCAGCGUAAAUAAGUUGUAUUUUCCUGCCCAAGUCUUCUUUGGCAAGGUUCGAGCUCUUCCUGGCCCCGAAGAGGUCGAAUACCCCGAACCUGAUUUGGCUGAUAAGCUGAUCGAGGCAUAUUUUGCCCGCUUCCACUUUUUAAUGCCGGUAAUCGACAAGCCAUCGUUCCUAAGGCAGUAUAGGACUCUUAUGGAGAACAAACACGACGCUACUCAUGUCCGUUCUGAAGCCGCAUUUGUUGCUCUUGUGUUUGCCGUUUAUGCCUGCGCUGCCCAUCUCGUGGAUGACAAACGCCUCACGCUUGGAAGAAGUAUGGACGAAGGAGGCAUGGGCAUGGUUUACUACGAACGGGCCUUGAUUCUGCAGUACAUCAGUCACGCACACACGCAAGUGGCACAUGUACAAUGUUUCCUUCUCAUGUCUUCCUUCCUGUGCUCGGUAAAUUGUCUGCCGCAGGCUUGGAUUCUUGUGGGGCAGGCCGUUCGGAUCGGGCAAGAUCUUGGUCUCCAUCGUUCCCCUCGUCGGCUUGUUAUCACACCGAUCGAGAAGGAGACACGCCGGCGGAUCUGGUGGGGAGUAUACACGCUCGACCGCAUGCUCGCUCUGGCGCUGGGAAGACCGCUAGGCGUGAAUGACUCCGACUGCGAUGUCGAGAUGCCCGUUGAGGUCGACGACGACCAUCUAUCGGAGUACUUUACUGGCGCCCCCAUGACCCAGCGACAGCCAUCUUUAAUGGCCGGCUUCACCUACUUGAUCUCACUCUACGAGAUAGCUGGCCGUGUUCUACGCGAGGUCUAUGCCCUUGAGAAUUGCAAAGAACACCUGGAGCCCGAGCAGAAAGCCAACUUGCAAAAACUAGUCGAGUCCCUUGAUAAUGAACUUACGAAGUGGUGCGACGAACUGCCUGCGGUGUUCAAAUCACAAUCAGAGACCGACGAGCAAGUGUCUAUGGGCGCGGUUCUAUGCAGCCAUUACUACUCUGUCUUGACAACUCUGCAUCGGAAUUUCUUGCCGGUUAAGAGGGAUCAGCCAGUCACGCCCAAAUCGACCGUAAAGGCCGUCUCGUCUGCUCGAUCAUGUAUCCGUCUUGCACCUUCGAUGCGCGACGUCGUGCCUCCCUCCCAUCAUCUAGCUUUCUUCAUCCAGCAUUUGUUCAGUUCGGCAGUGAUCCUUCUACUGUACGCGAUGCAUGCCACUGAUCCUCGGGCAGCAACGGCAGCUAUGGAAGAAGCCAGGACUACACUGACUGCGAUGGAACAGUGGGAAGGACAGUGGCCAGGUGCGAGGAAGUGCAAGGAGUUGUUGAUCGAAUUGGCCAACACCGCCAGUGAAGCCAUCGCGAACGGUCCUCGCGAUAUCAAUGAAGCCCCCCCACAAACUACAUCCCCGACACUUGUCGAACGCCGCCGCUCUGUCACUAUCUCCACUUCAGCAAUACAGGCUUCUGGUAGUCGGCCCGUCAAGGGACGGCCGAACCGGCGCACUCAGUCUCGCGACGCUAGCUCUGCUCGUCGAGCUGCUGUGUCGCCUUACCGUGUUGAUUCCGCACAAAGAGCAAGGUCUACUUCGCGCAAACGUGGCAUUGAUGAGGCCGAACCAGUCGAGCGCGCCAGCCUCGCAUAUUACCAAACGUUUUCGAGCCCGACCCUAAACCCAGCGCGAACUAAUACGAAUAUUAGCCCUCAUAGUUCUCCGUCCUCUGUCAAUCUUCCAUCUCCAUCUAUGACCGUCGAACGCUCACAAGAGGCAAGCCCAAGACUCGCAAAUGCGCAGACAUAUACUGCCGUCUCGCCUGUCCAAGUCACUUCGCCUUCUACGUCUUUCAAUUACGAUUUCAGUAUGCACCCGGCGCCUUUAACUCAAAUGCAGUCGCAACCAUGGCCGUCCACUAGUGACAAUCGUGGGCCGGAUUUAUUCCCUCCCAGUACCCAUGAUGCCAACAUGUCCUACAACGGUUUCAACACGUACCCCUCCCCGUACGAUUCGUCGUUCCUGAACUACGAACCUUCAACAGACAUGGGGAACCUUGGCGCGCUUUCAACAACGCCACCGAGCGCGUCAUUCGCUGCCCCAGGCUUGCCAUUCUCGGGGUUGGAAUACAUUCGAAAUUACCGUUCAAACGGUUAUUCAUUGAGCGAUUUGAACAAUGACACUUCAAAUCAGGAGGGCCAUCGGUAA